AGUUUUGUGGAGGGGUGGAUGUUUUUUUCUUCCCCCAGUGCGAGGAAAGGGGGUUUGAUUUGGGUUUGUUUUGUUUGCGCCGCUUCGCUCCUCGCCCGCUCGCUUUCUUCGUCUGGCCGUGGGUUCUGGGGACUUCUCUUUUAAUUUUCGGGGUUAAUUUUUUCUUUUCGUCAUUUUUUGGUGGUUGGCUCUCUCUCCUUGCCCCUCCGAGAAGUGCUCCACCAGCCGCCUCUCGCCCCGCCAUCCCUCCCCAUGCGCCCGGGGCCGAGGGCAGCUCCGCAGCGCGCACCCGGGAGCUGAGCUGCGGAGUGGCGCGUCCCCUCCUCGGGCAGGAUGUACACGGCCGGGCUGGCUCCUUUCUACGCCUCCAACUUCAGCUUGUGGUCAGCGGCGUAUUGCUCUGCAUCGGGGCCGGCGGCCGGCGGCUGCUUCCCUCUGGACGCCGCGGCGGCGAAGAAGCCGUCCUUCUGCAUCGCCGACAUCCUCCACGCCGGCGGCGAGGCGGCGGCCGGAGCCGCCGACAGCCUGCCCGGAGGGCCCGGCACCGGGAUGCCGGCCGCGCUGGGAGUCGUGCACCACGGCGGUCCCUUCCACGCCACGGCCUCGCCGCUCCGGCCCACGCCCGUCGUGGCCCCCGACGCCCCUGCCGCCGCAUUCCCGCCGCGCCUCUCGCCGCUCUCCACCGCCUACCACUCCCACCACCACCGCCCCCCGCAGCACCGGUCCCCCGGCGGCGGCGGCGGCGGCGGCGGCGGCGGAGGCGCCCCGGCCCCCGCCCGGCUGCCCGGCGGCCACACGCACGGCUCGGCGCCGGCGCCCGCCAGCAAGGACCUGAAAUUCGGCAUCGACCGCAUUUUAUCGGCGGAGUUUGACCCCAAAGUCAAGGAAGGCAACACGCUGAGAGAUCUGACCUCCUUAUUAACUACGAGCCGCCAAACUGGGGUUCAUCUCCCCAACUUGCAGCCUUCCGCCGGCCAGUUCUUCGCGUCUCUAGACCCUAUUAACGAGGCCUCUGCUAUCCUGGGUCCCUUAAACACAAACCCAAGGAACUCAGUGCAGCACCAGUUUCAAGACACUUUUCCAGGUCCGUACGCAGUUCUAACCAAGGACACGCUGCCCCAGACGUACAAGAGGAAACGUUCCUGGUCCAGGGCUGUUUUUUCCAACCUGCAGAGGAAAGGUUUAGAAAAACGGUUCGAAAUCCAGAAGUAUGUCACCAAACCGGACAGGAAGCAACUGGCGGCGAUGCUGGGGCUGACAGAUGCUCAAGUGAAGGUGUGGUUCCAGAACCGGCGGAUGAAGUGGCGGCACUCCAAGGAAGCGCAGGCCCAGAAGGACAAGGAGCCGCCGCCGGAGCCGGCGGCCCAGCGAGCCGGCGCACCGCCCGCCGCCCCCGGGGAGCCCGAGAGCAGCCCCAGCCGCUCCGACGGCGACAGCGACAGCAGCGACGCUGAGUCCCUCGACAUGGCCCCCAGCGACACGGAACGGACUGAGGGCGCCGAGCGGAGCCUGCCCGCCGCCGGGCUGAGCAAGUCCUCCGGCAGCACCGGCCUGCCCUCCCCGCCGCCCGCCGCCGCCAGCCCCGAGCCGCGGAGCGGGCUAUAGUCGGGGCGGCCCGGGACCUGUGCGCUAAUUUAUGUCCCUUCCCCCGCCCCGGGAGCGCGGCAAGACCGGCCCAGCACCGGCCCCGGC